AUGCAUUACUUCUCUUACGACCAUGAAACAUUGAUUAUACACGGGGAUGGGAUAGAGCAUUCGAGCUCGAAAGUGGUAGAGCAUUCGACUGCAGAUCGAAAUGUCCUCGGUUCAAUCCCGAGUGUCCCCUUCCAACCGUCAUUUUUCAUAAAUCCUCUCAUGCAUUACUUCUCUUACGACCAUGAAACAUUGAUUAUACACGGGGGAUGUAGCUCAGUGGUAGAGCAUUCGACUGCAGAUCGAAAUGUCCUCGGUUCAAUCCCGAGUGUCCCCUACCAGCAGUCAUUUUUCAUAAAUCCUCUCAUGCAUUACUUCUCUUACGACCAUGAAACAUUGAUUAUACACGGGGAAUGUAGCUCAGUGGUAGAGCAUUCGACUGCAGAUCGAAAUGUCCUCGGUUCAAUCCCGAGUGUCCCCUUCCAACCGUCAUUUUUCAUAAAUCCUUUCAUGCAUUACUUCUCUUACGACCAUGAAACAUUGAUUAUACACGGGGGAUGUAGCUCAGUGGUAGAGCAUUCGACUGCAGAUCGAAAUGUCCUCGGUUCAAUCCCGAGUGUCCCCUUCCAAUCGUCAUUUUUCAUAAAUCCUCUCAUGCAUUACUUCUCUUACGAUCAUGAAACAUUGAUCCUACACGGGGGAUGUAGCACAGUGGUAGAGCAUUCGACUGCAGAUCGAAAUGUCCUCGGUUCAAUCCCGAGUGUCCCAUUCCAACCGUCAUUUUUCAUAAAUCCUCUCAUGCAUUACUUCUCUUACGACCAUGAAACAUUGUUUAUACACGGGGGAUGUAGCUCAGUGGUAGAGCAUUCGACUGCAGAUCGAAAUGUCCUCGGUUCAAUCCCGAGUGUCCCCUUCCAACCGUCAUUUUUCAUAAAUCCUCUCAUGCAUUACUUCUCUUACGACCAUGAAACAUUGAUUAUACACGGGGGAUGUAGCUCAGUGGUAGAGCAUUCGACUGCAGAUCGAAAUGUCAUCGGUUCAAUCCCGUGUGUCCCUUCCAAUCGUCAUUUUUCUUAA